AUGUGUGCUGCUAAAAACAUGUUCGUAGUGUCGUCGCAACAUGUUACGGGCAAGUGUAAUAUGAUAGCAGAUUCUUUGUCUCGUUUGCAGAUGGACAGGUUCAGGCGACUAGCCCCGGAAGCAGAUCAUAUUCCAGAAGCCACACCCGUCGGAAGUCAUGUGGAACUCGGAGGGGUAAUAGAUGACCUUUGGGAGAAGGCGAUAGCUCCGAGUACAAGGUUGGCUUACAGCACCGGAUUUAAUUUUUUUAUCCAGUUCCUUCUGAUGGCAGGUUUAGUCACUUGUGUGGACUACAAUAACAUGUCUGUGUCAGAGGACAUGUUGAUACACUUUGUGGCACACUGCUACAACAUCAACCUAUCAUAUGCGACUAUCAAACUGUACCUGUGCGCUGUAAAAUUCAUGUGUUUGAAGGAAAAUAUUCCAUACCCAAGUAACACAAAUUUGAACCGAAUUCAAACUGUGCUUGGGGGUGUGAAACGUGCCCGCGUUAAAAAUGUGAAGCCACGAUACCCAAUCACGUUCAAUAUUCUCAAAGAUGCAUGUGCGUACAUUCGCGAGAAAUUAAGUUCAUUCAGUGACCUGAUGUUUGAAACAGCAUGCACAGUAGCUUUCUUUGGAUGCUUGAGAUGUGGUGAAUUCACCGUGAAUAAUUCCUACUUCGACCAUAAUAUUAAUCUGUGUGUAUCCGAUAUGGUAAUAUCGGAGGAUUGUGUACUUCUCCAUCUCAAGAAAUCGAAGACAGACCCCUUCAGGGACGGAGUUACUCUCAAAUUAUUUAAUACUGAUACCAUUGUAUGCCCCAAUAGUAUAUGUAGCAAAUACAUGAAAGCACGACAGAGGCAGUGUCCAUCACCAAACGACCCCCUGUUUGUAACAGACAAUGGACAAGCUUUGAGUAAAACAGUGUUUAUAGCCAAAUUUCGUCAUGUACUCCAAUGCUUAAGCAUACACUCUGACCUGUACAAUGGUCACUCGUUUCGCAUAGGUGCUGCAACGUCAUCGGCAGCAGCAAUCAUUGAGGACCACCUCAUCAAAGUGUUAGGUAGGUGGUCCUCAGACGCGUACUGCAGGUAUAUAAGGACGCCACAAUCUUCCAUAAGGAACGCUCAGAGAGCACUGACAAUGUCCUGA